AAAGAGAUAAAGUUUAACAAGAAUGGAAAUUAUAUAUCCGGCUAAUCUCAGCCUAAAUGAGUUCUCCCAGACUUACGAUCAAGAGAUCGCUAAUAUCACACGGCAAUCAGCCCUUACGCUGUAUAAUCUAGUGGAUUUCCCAAACUCAACCAAAGUUAUUGAUGUUGGAAGAGGGACAGGACUAUCUUCAGACUGUGUCAUUGGUAAUUCUAAGAAAGGAACAAGAUUUCUGUCAAAAAAUUUGGGCAAUAGCACUAAAAUUAUGGUACCUUCGAAAUCUUAUAAGAUAACACAUUCCUCAAUGGAUGGUUCAAUUUCUAGCCAAGUUGUAGACCCAACUUUCUGAAAUUGUCAAUUAUCUCCAAAUUUGGAAGUACCUACAAGAAUUAGCCAAGAAAUUAUGAGCUUCAGUUCGGAGGUGAAAUCAGAACAAGAUGAAAAGGUCUUCAGAGUCAUAAAUGAGAUCGAACAGCUACCCUUUGAUAACGGAAGUUUUGAUGCUUACACUUGUAACCUCACCUUCCAGUUCAACUCCAAUUACUUAAGAGCCCUCUGAGAGUCAUAUCGGGUGCUUUCCAAAGGAGGGAAAGCAGCCUUCUCAAUUUGGGGUAGGGAAGAAAACUGUACUUUUCUUACAUUUCUCCCAAAUAUUUUGGAAUCUCGAGGGAUACAGAUCGCCCCAGAAUUUGACAUUGACUUCGACCUUAUCUCUACAGACCAGAUAAUCGAGGAUGCCAAAGAUAUAGGGUUCAGAUCUGUGAAAAAGAUUCAUGUUCCUUUCUACUACUUCAUCAUGGAUGCUGAGGAGAUGUGGGAAUUUCUGGUCAACAGUUCCCACAGAAAGCAACUCGACGAACUCGACGAGGACACUCUUAACUGAGUUAAAGAAGACGUAUAUCGAGAAUUUGAAUCCAACUUCGGUGACCAAACCGAUGAAAUGAUCGGCUUCGAAGUUACCUUUAUUCUUUGUACUAAAUAA